GACGAAGACUGAACAACAAAGAGAGAAAGAAGAAAACAAUGAUGCUGCGAACAACCAUUCACGCCGUCCGCAGACUUUCCUCAUUCCAACCUAAGAAAUCUGUUUUUCCUUCAUGGCGCCAUAACACAAUUCCGCCUUUUUCACUUGUUGAAGCUGGAACUGUAAAUACAGGUCACUCUGCCUCAUUUUUCUCUACCACCACCGCCAUAAACUUCAAUGAUCAACCGGCUGUUACUUUCAUCCCUGAUGAAGUUGAUGACACUGCUGCGGAUAUCUCAUCGCAUACUCUAUCUCCGGUUCUUCUAAACUCUGUUUUGACGGAUUCUGUUGAUGCGUAUUCAGCUAUAGAGUUGGCUCUUGAUUCGGUUGUUAAGAUUUUUACUGUUUCCUGUAGCCCCAAUUAUUUUCUACCAUGGCAGAACAAAUCUCAGCGAGAAACUAUGGGUUCUGGGUUUGUUAUCACUGGCAAAAGGAUCCUUACAAAUGCUCACGUAGUUGCUGAUAAUACUUUUGUGCUUGUGAGGAAACAUGGUUCUCCUACCAAGUAUAGAGCAGAAGUCAAAGCAGUUGGUCAUGAAUGCGAUUUGGCAAUUUUAACAGUAGAAAGUGAAGAUUUCUGGGAUGGUAUGACUUCUUUGGAGCUUAGUGGCAUUCCAUUUCUACAAGAAGCUGUAGCAGUUGUUGGAUAUCCUCAAGGAGGGGACAACAUUUCAGUUACUAAAGGCGUUGUCUCUAGAGUUGAACCCACUCAAUAUGUACAUGGUGCAACCCAGCUUAUGGCAAUACAAAUUGAUGCAGCUAUAAAUCCCGGAAACAGUGGAGGUCCUGCAAUUAUGGGCAAUAAGGUUGCUGGUGUAGCUUUUCAAAAUCUUUCAGGUGCUGAAAAUAUUGGUUAUAUAAUCCCUGUUCCUGUGAUAGAACAUUUUAUAUCUGGUGUGGAAAGCUGUGGAGGUUAUGUUGGGUUCUGCUCAAUGGGGCUGUCUUGCCAACCAACUGAAAAUGCUCAACUGAGAGAACAUUUUGGAAUGAAGUCUGACAUGACUGGUGUCCUUGUGAGCAAAAUCAAUCCAGUUUCAGAUGCAUACAAGAUUUUGAAGAAAGAUGAUAUUCUCCUUAAGUUUGAUGGUGUGCCAAUAGCUAAUGAUGGAACCGUUCCCUUUAGGAACAGAGAGCGAAUAACCUUUGAUCAUUUGGUAUCCAUGAAAAGACCCAAUGAAACUGCUCAGGUUAGAGUGUUAAGGAAUGGUGAAGAGCAGGAGUUCAGUAUCAAACUUCACCCACUACAGCCAUUAGUACCUGUUCACCAGUAUGACCAGCUUCCUUCUUAUUUCAUAUUUGCUGGUUUGGUCUUUAUUCCACUUACCCAACCGUAUCUUCAUGAAUAUGGAGAAGACUGGUUCAACACAUCACCUCGUCGAUUGUGUGAACGAGCACUAAAGGAACUUCCUCAAAAUGCUGGUCAACAACUUGUUAUUCUUUCUCAGGUUUUGAUGGAUGACAUAAAUGCUGGGUAUGAACGCCUUUCCGAAAUGCAGGUGUUCAAAGUAAAUGGUGUGAAGGUUGAGAAUCUGAAACAUCUACGCAAGCUUGUGGAUGAAUGCACAGAAGACAACUUAAGGUUUGAUUUGGACGAUGAAAGAGUAAUAGUAUUGAACUAUGAGUCCGCAAAGUUAGCCACUUCACGAAUAUUGAAGCGUCAUAGGAUACCGUCAGCCAUGUCUGACAAUCUAACUGAUAAGUUGGAUUGAGAAUUGAUUCUAAAGCUUAGGUUUUUCUUGUUUCAAAUUAUUAAAUCAUUUAUUGUUGAGCUUUGUACAAUUCUUCCUAAUUUUCGGCAUUAACUAAGAGAUUUGAGCAUAAUCUAUUAGAUUUUGUGGGUCACAUGUCACACUAAAUUAUAAGCUGGAAAAUAGAACAGUUUGUAUGAUGUUUUCACUUUUAUGUAAAGAUCAAUGAGUUUUCAUUUGCA